GCUCGCCGCCCCCAAGCGCACGGAGGCUCCCCCCAGCCCCGACCUCCCCGUGUCGCCGUGCGCAACCCCCCCUCCGGCGGUGGGAAGGGGCCGGGCCUGCUGCCUGACGUCUGUGCGGGGCUCGGAAGAUGGCUGCGGAGCUGAGCACCGGGCAGUGGGUGCGGCGGUGGCGGCGGGUGGGGAGCGCGGCGGGCGGGCGCUCCGCCUCUCGCGUGGGGCGCUGAGCUGAGAGGCGCGGAGGCGGCGAGGGCGCGCUGGGGGCUGGGGGGCCACUCGGCGCCGCCUCCCCGCCACAUCAUGGGCAGCGCGGAGGACGCAGUCAAAGAGAAACUGCUGUGGAACGUGAAAAAGGAGGUGAAGCAAAUCAUGGAAGAGGCUGUCACCAGGAAGUUUGUGCAUGAAGAUAGCAGCCACAUCAUUGCUCUGUGUGGUGCAGUAGAGGCUUGCCUCUUGCAUCAGUUGAGACGCCGUGCUGCUGGCUUCUUGCGAAGUGACAAGAUGGCAGCCCUGUUCACCAAGGUGGGGAAGACGUGCCCAGUGGCUGGGGAGAUUUGCCACAAGGUACAGGAGCUGCAGCAACAAGUAGAGGGCAGGAAACCCUCAGGGGGCAGCCAGGAAGCCCUGCGGAGACAGGGCUCGACCAGCGGGAAGACCCCUGCCCUCAGCCCACAGGCCUUGAAACACAUAUGGGUACGCACAGCACUUAUCGAGAAAGUUCUGGACAGGAUUGUGCAGUACCUGUCGGAAAACUGCAGCAAGUACUACGAGAAGGAGGCGUUGCUGGCAGACCCUGUGUUUGGCCCGAUCCUGGCCUCUCUUCUCGUGGGACCCUGUGCCUUGGAAUACACUAAGCUUAAGACAGCUGAUCACUACUGGACUGACCCGUCUGCUGAUGAGCUGGUCCAGAGACACCGUAUCCGGGGUCCCCCUAGUCGGCAGGACUCCCCUGCAAAGCGCCCAGCCCUAGGGAUCCGGAAGCGGCACUCAAGUGGCAGUGCGUCGGAGGACAGGCUAGCUGCCUGCGCCCGUGAAUACGUGGAGUCUCUGCACCAGAACUCCAGAACACGACUGCUCUACGGCAAGAACAACGUGCUGGUACAGCCGAAGGAGGACAUGGAGGCUGUCCCUGGUUACCUCUCCCUGCACCAGUCUGCAGAGAGCCUAACUCUGAAGUGGACCCCCAACCAGCUCAUGAAUGGGACUCUGGGGGACUCCGAGCUGGAAAAGAGCGUUUACUGGGACUAUGCCCUGGUGGUGCCCUUCAGUCAGAUCGUCUGCAUCCACUGCCACCAGCAAAAGAGCGGUGGCACACUCGUGCUGGUGAGCCAGGAUGGCAUCCAGAGGCCACCGCUGCACUUCCCACAGGGAGGACACCUGCUGUCCUUUCUGUCCUGUCUGGAGAAUGGGCUGCUGCCUCGAGGACAGCUAGAGCCCCCGCUGUGGACCCAGCAGGGGAAGGGGAAGGUGUUCCCCAAGCUACGGAAACGAAGCAGCAUGCGGUCUAUGGACGUGGAAGAGAUGGGCAUGGGGCGGGCCACAGACUAUGUGUUCCGGAUCAUCUACCCCGGGCACAGGCACGAGCACAUCACUAUUAACUACCACCACCUAGCGGCCAGCCGCGCGGCCUCGGUGGACGAUGAUGAGGAAGAGGAGGAUAAACUACACGCGAUGCUCUCAAUGAUCUGCUCGCGGAACCUCACAGCUCCCAAUCCGAUGAAAGAUGCUGGUGACAUGAUCGAGAUGCAGGGCUUUGGCCCCAGCUUGCCAGCCUGGCACCUAGAGCCCCUGUGUGGCCAGGGCUCCUCCUGUCUCUCCUGCUCUUCCAGCAGCUCCCCAUACACAACCCCCAGCUACUGCAGCUGCGUCCCCGACCGGUUGCCCCUCAGGCUGCUGUGUGAGAGCAUGAAGAGGCAGAUUGUGUCCCGGGCCUUCUAUGGCUGGCUGGCAUACUGCCGCCACCUGUCCACGGUGCGGACCCACCUGUCAGCGCUGGUGCAUCACAACAUCAUCCCACCCGACCGGCCCCCCGGGGCCUCAGGCGGCCUCACCAAGGAUGUGUGGAGCAAGUAUCAGAAAGAUAAAAAGAACUACAAGGAGCUGGAGCUGCUGCGGCAAGUUUACUAUGGAGGUGUGGAGCACGAGAUCCGCAAGGACGUCUGGCCCUUUCUCCUUGGCCACUACAAGUUUGGCAUGAGCAAGAAAGAGAUGGAGCAGGUGGACGCAGUGGUGGCAGCAAGGUACCAGCAGGUGUUGGCGGACUGGAAGGCCUGCGAGGUGGUGGUGAGGCAGCGCGAGCGGGAGGCUCACCCAGCCACGCUCACCAAGUUCUCCUCGGGCAGCAGCAUCGACAGCCAUGUGCAGCGCCUCAUCCACCGAGAUUCCACCAUCAGCAACGAUGUAUUUAUCUCUGUGGAUGAUCUGGAGCUCCCUGGGCCCCAGGGCCCUGAAGAUUCCAGACCAAAGCCUGAGCAGGAACCAAGAGCUGGGACUCAGGGCACCGCCAUGGUGGAGCAGCAGCAGUCAGUGGAGUUCGACUCUCCAGACUCAGGACUGCCGUCCUCGCGCAAUUACUCGGUGGCCUCGGGCAUCCAGUCGAGCCUAGAUGAGGGACAGAAUGUGGGCUUCGAAGAGGAGGACGGCGGUGGGGAGGAAGGGUCCCAUGAGUCAGUCCCUGCAGCCCACACCUUCUCCGAGCCUCAAGAUCCCAGCCAGGAGAAGGCUUCUCAGGCCAGAGAGCUGGAGGCAGGAGAGGAGCUUGCAGCUGUGUGUGCUGCUGCCUACACUAUAGAAUUACUGGACACUGUGGCCUUAAAUCUGCACCGCAUAGACAAGGAUGUGCAGAGAUGUGACCGCAACUACUGGUACUUCACACCCUCCAACCUCGAGAGGCUCAGAGACAUCAUGUGCAGCUACGUGUGGGAGCACUUGGACGUGGGCUACGUGCAGGGCAUGUGCGAUCUGCUGGCACCUCUCCUGGUCAUCCUCGACGAUGAUCAGCUGGCCUACAGCUGCUUCAGCCACCUCAUGAAGAGGAUGAGCCAGAACUUCCCCAAUGGGGGUGCCAUGGACACCCACUUUGCCAAUAUGCGCUCCCUCAUCCAGAUCCUGGACUCAGAGCUGUUUGAACUGAUGCAUCAGAAUGGAGACUACACCCACUUCUACUUCUGUUACCGCUGGUUCCUGCUGGAUUUUAAGAGAGAGCUGCUGUACGAGGAUGUGUUUGCUGUGUGGGAGGUGAUCUGGGCGGCCAAGCACAUCUCAUCAGAGCACUUUGUCUUGUUCAUCGCCCUUGCCCUGGUGGAGGCCUAUCGAGAGAUUAUCCGCGACAACAACAUGGACUUCACUGACAUCAUCAAGUUUUUCAAUGAAAGGGCUGAGCGUCACGAUGCCCAGGAGAUCCUGCGGAUUGCCCGGGACCUCGUCCACAAGGUGCAGAUGCUCAUAGAGAACAAGUGAGAGCUGCAGCCAGGAGGCAGCAGUUGCAUGGAGCCUGGGCACCAGGCCCCUGGGCUCCAGCAGGGAGAGGGGCAGGGGCACCACAGCCCAGACUGCCCCAACCCGCAGCUGACCCUGCUGCCCAACUGUGUUCCUAACAAAGCGAUUGUGAUCUGA